AUGGCGAUUUGGAAAUCGACCCACAUGGCUGGACGGGCAAGAAUGGCGGCGAGACACGCUUCCCCGCCCAGGUACCUAUCUUGCUCUGUGCUGGUUUCUCUUCUUUGUUGUCUCCCUCUCCAUGGGUCCGUCUCUCUUCCCUGCUGUCCUCCUUGCCGUCUCGCUCCCGGCUUGCCUCUCUUCCUCUUUAACUACUCGGACCGCCGUUUACACGGGAUCUUUGAGGCGUUUCCUCCUCCUCUCUCUACCAGUCUCUCGUCCCUGCUGUUUCUCCAAAGGUCUGCCUGCCGUCCCCUCCCCGGUGUAUCUCCCGGCAUGCCUCUCUUCCUCUUCAACUUCUCGGAUCGCCGCCUGCAUGGGGUGUUCGAGGCGGUCAGCCAUGGAGAUUUGGAGAUUGACCCUCAUGGGUGGACGGGCAGGAAUGGUGGCGAGACACGCUUCCCCACCCAGGUAGCCUGCUUCCUCUUCAACUAUUUGGACCGCCGCCUGCACGGAAUCUUUGAGGCGGUGAGCCAUGGAGAUUUGGAAAUCGACCCGCAUGGCUGGACGGCCAGGAACGGCGGCGAGACACGCUUCCCCGCCCAGGUACCCUCGUUACUCUCUGUCUGCUGGUCUCCCUUCCCUGGUCUCUUCUUGCUCUCUUCUGGUAUCUCUUCUCUGUUGUCUCCCUCCUCAAGGGCCCACCUCUCUUUUCUGGCCUCUCUUCCCCAGCCUCUUUUUCUCCCUCCCGGCAUGCCUCUCUUCCUCUUCAACUACUCGGAUCGCCGCUUACACGGGGUGUUUGAGGCAGUCGGCCACGGAGAUCUGGAGAUCGACCCUCAUGGCUGGAUGGGCAGGAAUGGCGGCGAGACACGCUUCCCCGCCCAGGUAGGUACCCUCCCUGCUCUUUCCUUCUUUCUAUUCUCUGGUCCCUUUGCAAAUCGCAAGCCUCUCGUCGCUGCUGUCUCUCCAAGGGGCCGCCUCUCUUCCCUGGUCUCUCCUCCCUACACUCCGUCUCCCAGCAUGCCUCCCUUUCUCUCUAACUACUUGCACCGCCCAGGGGCUUGCAAGGAGUGCGGGUUCGUUUGCGUCACAACUGUGAAGUUCCGUCUGCGCCACAAGUGUUCCCCUCUCCCUGAGACCACCUACGGCCCGGCCCUAUCAGCCAACUACUACUCUGUCACGCACUUCAUGUUCGAAUUAGGCCACCAGCAGACCCACCUGGUGAAGGUUCGUCUGCACCACAAGUUUUCCCCUGUCCCUGAGAGCACCUACGGCCCGACCCUAUCAGCCAACUACUACUCCCCCACACACUUAUUCUUCGAAUUGGACCACCAGCAAACCCAGAAGCUCCUCGCUCUCUACUGCAAGCACACCCCUGCCGCUGGCCCCUCCCGCCCUAGCACGUGCUCCCCUCUCCCCGAGACCGCCUACGGCCCAGCCCUCAACUACUACUCCCCCACGCACUUCUUUUUCGAAUUGGACCACCAGCAGACCCAGAAGCUCCUCGCUCUCUACUGCAAGCACUCCCCUGCCGCUGGCCCAUCCCGCCCCAGCCCAUCUUUUGAUUCUCAACCCAAGUCAACGCAUCUUCUGUGCCCUGGGUUCAUCUUCUCCUAG